AUGUCCUUCCAACCAACCCCAACAGACAUCUCCGUGAUAAUCACCACCCCCGCCACCAGCACAAAAGAACCACACUUCGUAACCGAGCGCCGCAUCACCCCAACAUGGACCGUCCAGCAAGUCAAAUCCAAACUGGAGACCAUGACCGGCGUCCCGCCCAGCAGCCAGCGUCUGCGCCUCAAGUCCCCCGGCCGCCCCGACCAAUGGGUCGACGGCGACGACAGCCUCAUCGGCGACUGGGGGCUAAUGAAGGGCUGCGAGAUCGAGGUGCACGACUCCCGCCCGCAAGCCGCGCGCCCCAACUUCACUGAUCUCUCCGCGGUCGAGAAGUACGUCCUGCCGGAGUCGGCGUACGAGGCUCUGCCCAAUUCGGUGCUCGCGUGGAAGAAGAACCAGAAGCUCGGGCGGUUUGAUCCGAAUGCACUGGCGCCGGAGGAGGCGAUGCGGCUGCAGGCGCGGAAGGAUGCGGACGAGGUUAAAGGUAGAGACAUCGCCGUCGAUAAACGCGCCAUCGUCUUGCCCUCGUCGCCGCCGCAUAUUCGCCGCGGGACGAUCCGGUACGUUGGCCCGGUGCCGACUAUUCCGUUCCCUGGUGUGGAGAUAGCUGCGGAUGAGAGUUCUGGCGAGCUGCCGCUGUGGGUGGGAAUUGAACUGGACGAGCCGACUGGGAAGAACGAUGGCAGCGUCGGUGGGAAGCGCUAUUUUACGUGCCCUAACAAGACCGGUGUGUUUGUGAAGCCGGAAAAGGUGGAGGUUGGGGACUUUCCGCCGUUGGGCUUAGAUGAUCUCGAUGAUGAUAUGGAGGAGAUAUGA